AUGGAAAAUCAAGACAAUCAUAGUUUUCCUUUUGAAAAUGCUGAUGUUGCCGACGACGUGAUUUCAUUGAAAGAUCUGUUAGAAAGGCGAAACAUUUUACUGAAAAAGAAAGAGGAAAUAAUAAGAAAACAUAAUGACCACAAUCAACCACCAUUGCAAUCAGAUUCAAAACCUUCGUCAGAUAAUAUAUUACAGCAAGAACAAAAUCACGAUAUAACAUCCGAAUUUAAUACAUUUACAACACUUUUAAGUACUGUACCAACACAAAGAGAAAAUAAAAUUACUCCUCUUGAAUUGAAUGUUAAUGUAGUAGAGCACAAUGACGGACUUGAUUUUUCGUCUGACGAUUCUGUCGCAGAUCCUUCUUAUGUCGCCCUCUCAGAUAUAACAAAUUUAAAGCCUUUAUCGCCAGAAAUAUGGAAUGGUUCCCUGAAAGGGAAAUAG